GGACAGGGCGAAAAAUCCAGCGAAAGCCAGACAGAGCUUCCUGACCCCAAAGAGCUUCGUAGGGGAAGUUGUCUUCAAGCGUCUCCCCCCCCCCGCCCACGACCUCGACGUGCACGGAGAAGGUGGGCUUUUAUCUGCACAACUGCACCGAAAUUUGCACGACUAAGCGGCUGGAGUUUGGGGGUUUUUUGGCUUUAUUCAGGGUCGGCUCAGUUUAGAGUUUUAUUGCAGAGCAGCAUCACCCACCGCGCGUCGUGUUGCCGCACAGGGAGGAGAGGAGAGGGCAGAAGUUUCCGCUGGCUUGUUUUGUCACCGCGGGGCUGGUGAAUCCGCAAGCAUGUCGCAGAAGGAGAGACCCACGUUCUACCGACAGGAGCUCAACAAAACCGUGUGGGAAGUCCCGGAGCGCUACCAGAACUUAUCUCCCGUCGGUUCCGGCGCUUACGGAUCCGUGUGCUCGGCCUUCGAUUUGAAGUCGAACCUGAAGGUAGCGGUGAAGAAGUUGUCCAGACCUUUCCAGUCCAUCAUCCAUGCAAAGAGAACCUACAGAGAGCUGCGGCUGCUCAAACACAUGAAGCAUGAAAAUGUGAUCGGCCUAUUAGAUGUUUUCACACCAGCGACAAACUUAGAGGAAUUUAACGAUGUGUACUUGGUGACACACCUAAUGGGGGCGGACCUCAACAACAUCGUGAAAUGUCAGAAGCUCACGGAUGACCACGUCCAGUUCCUCAUAUACCAGAUCCUCAGAGGCUUAAAGUACAUCCACUCUGCAGAUAUCAUCCACAGAGACUUGAAGCCCAGUAAUCUGGCUGUGAAUGAAGACUGUGAGCUUAAGAUCCUGGACUUCGGUUUGGCACGGCACACAGAUGACGAAAUGACAGGAUACGUAGCCACACGGUGGUAUCGGGCCCCAGAGAUCAUGCUCAACUGGAUGCACUACAACAUGACCGUGGAUAUCUGGUCGGUGGGCUGCAUCAUGGCUGAACUACUUACAGGACGGACGCUCUUCCCUGGCACAGAUCAUAUUGAUCAGUUGAAGCUUAUAAUGAUGCUCGUCGGAACGCCAGGGCCUGAGCUCUUGAUGAAAAUCUCUUCAGAGUCUGCGAGGAACUACAUCAACUCACUUCCUCAGAUGCCCAAGAGAAACUUUGCUGAUGUGUUUAUUGGUGCCAACCCUCUUGCGGUGGAUUUGCUGGAGAAAAUGUUGGUGCUGGAUACAGACAAACGGAUCACAGCUUCUGAGGCUCUGGCCCAUCCUUACUUUGCCCAGUACCACGAUCCAGAUGACGAGCCCGAAGCAGAGCCUUAUGACCAGAGCUUUGAAAGCCGUGAGCUGGAAAUUGAGGAAUGGAAAGCCUUAACCUAUGAAGAGGUGAUCAGCUUUGUGCCACCAUCUUUCGAUGAAGAUGACAUGGAAUCUUGAGGAGGAAGUGGCUUUUUUUCCACAAUUUGUUUUCCAAGAAACACUCUUUUAAGGACUGUCAGUCUCAUGUGACUAUCCACCACUUUCCUCACACACGCGCACAGCGAUGACAUUCAAGUGCCUGCCAUCAUUCGUAUGUGGGGGGACGCUGCGCUAUCAGGGAAAAAACAAAACAAAACAACAACUUGACAUCGUGUUCAUACCGUCCCCUGCUCUGCUGUUUUUCUUAACAUGCAUCCCAAUGUGCUGAGGUAGACUUUAACUCUCCUUAUAUUUUAGUAAGUUUUUAUCUCAGAUAUAUAUUCUUUAUAUUCUGUCCCCUAUUCUAUGUACACAACAAGAAAAUUACAUGUCAGUAUCUCCAGGCAAAUUGUAAUAACUGAACCGCUAAAAUGUAUUUUAUAAAUGUUUUACUUAGCAGAAAAUAAUACUGUAGGACAAAAAUUCUGGAAAGUUUUAAACCAAGAUGAGUGUAAAUUUUUAUCUUUCCCACACAUUUUAAUGUUAAUGUUAUUUCUACGAGUACAUAGACCUAUGUAGAUACUACAGAAACAGUAUUUGUACAUAAAUAUUUCUGGGGAAACAGCUACCAUGUGUGUAGUACUUGGAAUUAACUGAGACACACGUUAGCCGACUCAUUUGACAAUUUAUUUCAAAAUGGUAUAUAAAAAGAUACAGUAUGUAAUUUAUUAGAAAUAUGUAUAGGAUAGUCUAAAAUAGGUAAAAUAUUCACCCCAAUAUGGAAAAUUCAAAGCUUCAUAUUUUUUAAUGUUGGAUUUUUACACAUGGCAGCCCCCCCCCCCCCCCCCCUUUUUUUUUUUUAACAAAAAGAUGAAAAUAUUUCUUAUGUGUCCAUUUUCAGUGAAUAUUUUAUUAAGCUUCUUUCAUCUUAUCAGUUCUUAGCACGUCUGUCGUUUCACAUGAAUGUUUCAGCAAACAGCCACCGAUCUCUCCACAGAUCGCAGCAUGAUGAAGCCAGAGCUUUUGGUUUAGUAGUUUAUUCAAAUUUCACGUUUUCCAUCACAACAUCAGCCGACAAUGUAAUUUAAUCAUAUUGCAUUUACGAAACAGUACCAUUGAUGUUUAUUGAAUGUUUGGGGUGCCAGUUUGCCCUGUAUAUUUAUGAUCUUUUCUUAUAUUGUUUGUAUAUUGAUGUAAAAGAGAAUAUUAUUUGUCAGAAUUUAAGGUUGUUAUUUAUGGAGAGCAUAUUGUAUUAGUAUCCAAAUGUGUCAUCAGUAAUUUCAUGGAUCACUUGAGCCACAGUGACUACAGCUUUUAUAUCAAGCGCCAACAAUGUUAUCAAGAUACAGUUUAAAAUCAGUUUGAUACGUUCUACUCAAUUUGCUAACUUACCAGUGCUGAGAUUGUACUUACACUGUUCCCUGAUAUAUCGCCCACCAAACUAUCACAUUUUCUUAAAAAAAAAAAAGCAUAUCCUGAAAUAGAAGCAAUAUGUGUAUUGCAUACAAUUCACCAUUUACUUUGACUAACAAACCACUAAACUAUUUCUGAAAAAAUGCUUCCAAUGUGAACUAUUUGAAAAGUCAAAGACACACAAGCUGUACCCACGGUCGCUCUGCCUUUGUCAACCAAACAUCAGACAUCAGUUACAUUUGAUUUCAACUGCUUGUUCUAAAUGUAGUGAUUUUUCUAAUGUGUUAUUUUACUCUUUGUGUGCUAAAUCAAGAUUUUAUGUUAUUCUGUGAUUCUGUAAUCAUUGUUUUAUAAGCAGCACCAGCCGCCUGUUGGUCGUAAUUUAGCGGGGCACAUGUUUGCAGGAAAGUGCGUACGUUUACUCGCUGGAUGCUGAAGGGGCAUGCCGAAACCUCGUAUUUUAUCAUUUUCAAACAACCGCAUUGAUAGGAUAUUUAUUUUUCUUCAUAUCCUGAUGUCAAUAGUUAAUUUGGUUACGCUUGCUCUGCCUGAAAUAUGUUCAUAUUUUUUCACUAUGUUUUUGACCACAUGUACCAAGACAGCAGGCCAUGCCACCUGUAAAUACCACCAUUAGAAAAUAAAGGCUACUAUUUUUCAAAGCUG